CCACCACCACGAACGACGAUCGCCAGCGUCCGCCGGUCCUAUGGAUGGCAAUAAUCGGCGCCAUCAGUCCUUUAGCUUGUUUCGCAGCGGUUUGAACACGAAUCGAUUCCCGAACCCUUCCGUAUCCCAGAUCCUGCGGAGUCUGUUCGGAGGCAACAGCCAGCCGAACAGCACGAGUCGUGGACGCUCAGUUGUUGCAGAGACGCCACUUCCAGGUACCCCCGAUACAUCACAGUCGCAUAUGUCGGACUCGGACGACACCGUCAUGCCACCGCCUCGUACCUCCUCGGCGGUGCCACAGGAUGCAUCGUUGCCAGCGCACGUAGCGCCACAACAAGCGCGCCGCGAUCCCAAUAAUGACUCGAUGCCCAGCCUGCACACAAUCUCGGACAGCACCGAUGGCGAAGAUUCCGACCAGUCGGAUGUCGAUAUGGAAGAUAUGCUUCAACCACGCUUGGGCGAUGAUGGGAGCGACCUAGUUGGCGAGGACAAUGAUGACAUGCCUCCGCUGGAACCCAUAACCCGCAGAGCAGGUGAACGACGACCAAGAUCCGAAGAGGACGACGAGGCGAGCCCUCAGCGACCCUCUCGCCGGCCCCGAGUGGAGGUUGAGGAGGAGCAGACAGAGUCCGCCGCCCCAUCCCAUACAUCGCAACAUGUACCUCCUCGCACCCACUUCCAUCCGCUCCCGCCGCCAGCUGCGGGUGACCGUCCCACUGGUCCACCCGCCAACGGUGUCGCCAUCACCAUCGACCCCGUGACGGGUGUUUGGGUCGUUCCUCUUGGUGGCCCGCCAAAUGCCCGCCAGCCAUUCCGCCCGCCGCCUGGGUUCUUCCAAGGACAAGGCCAGAACACGCCAGGCACAAAUUCCGAAGGACCUGCUCCGCCUGAAGGCGGCGCGCCUCCUUUCCCCAACUUUGCUGACCUGUUUAGCGGGUUGGACUUUGAUCCCGCAACGCUCAUCAGCAUGUUCGAGGACUACAACAAAGAGGAUCCCGAGCGCGCGAAGAGGCUCGUGGACGGUCUAGAGGUUGUCCCGGUCGGCCUUGUGAAACGCAUGGAGCAUCUCAGCGUCGAACAUUCUCACGAGAACUCGCAAGACGAGGCUCCGGGCUGUGCUAUCUGCUGGGAUAGCCUUCUGGAACCUGAGGGCGGGGGUUUUGACGCUCAGGCUCAAGAUCAGCCCGCAGAUGCCGCAGGGCCCUCCCCGUCCUCUUCUUCCAAGGCGGAGAAGGCAAACGAGAAAGAGUACCCCAAGAUCGUCUCUCUUCCUUGCGCUCAUGUUUUCCAUGCCUCUUGCCUCAUCCCUUGGUUCUCGCGGCCGCGCCAGACCACCUGCCCAACAUGCCGAUUUAACAUUGACCCCGAAAAUCUUACCUAUCGUCCUCCACAACCGCGAUCACGACCAUUUCGGACAGGUCCCACGCCUACAGGCACAACUUCCCAACGGCAAGUACUUGUCAGGGAGCCGACACCAUUGCCCGACUUCAGCACUGCAACACAAGUCCCUCUGCCUCCCUCUCCUCAACCACAGCCAACCGAUAUACCCCUACCCAGUUCCCGACCUUCCUCUCCGCAAGCCGUCCCGCAGGGUCAGACGCCACGGGCGGCUGAAGCUCAACGAGGACCACACACACAACCACAGCAGCAGCCCGGUAUCCAUGAACCUCUAUUGCCUCCGCGACCUGCGCCCUUCCGCCACUUCCACCACGCCCAUGCCAAUGUACCCCCAGACGGCGCCGGUCCCGGCGGCCCCCCUACCAUCAACAUUGAUUUGAUCUUUGAGCUACCGGUACCCGGGCAAGAGGGCGCGCCUGGCGGGCCUCCUCCCGAACUGAUGGGCGGAGUUGCGGCGCAGGCCACCAUCCGGCUCAUACAGGAAUUCUUCGAGCGAAUAGGGGCUCCCAACCUGCAUGCUCCGAGACAAGGCGAUGGCCCAGCGAACGCAGGCGCUGGUGAAGGUCGGGCUCCGGGUCCGCUGCCCAGGAUGCCGUUCACGUUCGGGACCGGCCCGUUCUCGCGCCAUCAUGCACAGGGCCCACGGAGGGAGCCGAAGGAGUGGACAUUGCCGCCCGCACCCGGGUUGACCGUGCGUCAGCGUGUAGAAAAGCGCGAGCGCGAGCUUGGCCUGCGGUGCUCGGACCCUACAUGCGGCGUCGGCCCGUCGGACGAGGAUCCGUACCCUGUGCAGACGGGCCCGAUCUUGAAAGAGAUCGUGGUGAGGUCUGCGGACGGUGGGACGACAGGCGGGUGUGGACACAAGUUCCACCCGGCGUGCUUGGUUACGGCUGAAAGGGUGGCGGGAUGGGAUGGAGAGCGGAAGGACGAUGCGCAGGGCGCCGAUGGAGAUGUGGACGUUUGCUGUCCCGCGUGUAGGGCGAUUGGAGUGGUCAGUCGAGCCGAGUGGGACGAAGGCGUGAAGGCGCUCGCGUGAGCGGGUGCGCGCCGCAGUGGUUGCUCCGGGGUGUGCCUCGUCGUCGUUAUUUUAUCCUCUUCAGUCGUCUCGCUCUCCUCGUUUGCGUCAUGCUAAUUUUUCUGGUUCGGGCGUGGUCCCUUCUUAAUUGUAUAGACCAUGGUCGCAGUCUCGGUUCGAACAAUCGCAAAGUCGCGUGUCUUGUACCCAAAUGUGUAGUUGUACGGAAGUACAUGCGUUACGUGGACGAACGUAGCCAGGAAAGGAGCAGGCUCAGGCCCAAUCCGCCAGCGCGAUCCUGCACCGCAUCCCUCCGCAUCCUGGCACCUCAUAUCGUCGACCUUAGCAGAACCAAGCAUCCCAUCGUCGUGCACGUCGGUCUCGAUAUGUGGCAUGUCCGGCUCGGUCGUGGAAGCCGUCCGCCUCACUUGCGCAGACGACGCUGAUGUGGGUCAUCGGUGGUCGAGGACCGGUUUUUGUUUGGCCCGCCCGUGGUCAUUUUCUCGUCAGCGUCGGUAAUGAUGGACGUGCAAGCCCCAGGCAGGCUCAGAGGCGGCUGUCUCCCUCUCGUUCAUGGCCCUUAGAAGCUCCGCAGAGAUCGUCAUACCGCCUCCACCGGUGACGCGCCCCCACUUGACUCUCUCGCGUGCUUGUGCACUCUCGGAGUAUCCCAAGCGAGCCCCCAGUUCAUCCGUCCUCUCUGGGGAUGCUCACCACCAUGUCACCGAGCGGAUCGCAGAACAAAGAUCAGCCGGAGGAUAAAGGUCUGCGCCGUCUCACCUACCGUUCCCCCAUACACCACCCCGAUGUUGAACCCCUAUAUCAUAGUCAUUGCCGACACGGGGCGUUCACACGAACCCACGACCACCACAACAUCAAACACAACUCGCGCGACAUAUUGGACCAGCUCGCCAUUGCCGACGCCGACCACUUCCACGCGAUCGUCGUCCACACCUACCCACUCUUCAAGCAGCCAUGCACAUGAUUUUGGCUACCCCACGCCGUCCGCACCAGCGGCUAUGCCUUCUCUGAUGCCUCGCAUCCAAGGAGAUUGGUCAGGGUGGAUAUCGGACUCGCAGCACGAGGCUCAGAUGGACGCGAUCAUCGCUGCCGCGCGACAGAGGCGAGAGAACGAGAAAUCCCGGCAGGUCCGUGUUCUCCUCUGCGGCAGCUUGCUUCUGGCGGCAGCCGCGGCUAUGGCUACUGAUCCCCGCGUACAAGCUGCUCUCAACCUCGUGGCGAGCAUAUUCAUUCGAUGAAUGACUUCUAUCUCACCUCACUCAUCCCCUGGAACGCUACACCCUCAUUGCCGACGUGGUGCACAUAAUAUGCGUUUUUUGAUUUCAGGAUAUAUAUAUGGAGGUGGAUCGGAUGAGUCUUCGAUCG